AUGUCUUUGACUUUUAUAAACUUGGAAGACAGUCCAGAUAAACCAAAACCAUUUGGUUUAGCUAGUGGAAUGAUAGAAGACUUUUUACAUAAUCCAUUGGAAAUGUUGAGAACUCUAAAAUGUGAUAAAAUAAGCGGCAGUUGGGAUUUGGAAAAAAUAAGAGAGAUUCUAAAUAAAAUAAAUGAUCUUGCCUUUUAAAAUAAUGUUAGUCAUGAUAUUAUAAAACCACGGAAAAUAUCUUUAGAAAAUUAGAAAUUAAUUGAUUAAGUUGAUGACUUUGAUAAACUAUAUAGUUCAUUUAGGCAUUCUUAAAAAUAUGAUAAUAAAUCUGAAAGGAUACAAAAAGUUAUUAAAGACUUCAAAAAUCGAGUGAUAUAUAGAUCAGUUAGACCUUCAUCAGUUUAACCUAAGACAAUAGAAUAACCUAAGAAAUGUAAAUUAAUGAGCAAGGAGUUUGAAUAAAAAUUAAAUAAUAUAAAUGAAAAAUAUGGUAUGAAAGGAAGUUAAAUGACAGUAAAAAGUAAAUAUAUGAAUCAUUAUUCAUUAAAUACAAACAAUUAAUAAACAAAUACAGAAUGUAUAAGACCUUAGACUACAACAUGUUCAGCAAGAAAAACGUAUUCAUUUCGUAGAGAAAAAACAUUUGAUUUGGAUUAGAAAUUUUAACAUAAUAUUAGAACAAGUAGAUUAAGAGCAUAAUCAGGUCAUUAAGUAUAGAAUUUUGAAUUAGAAAAAUAGAAUUAAUCAAUUAUUGCAAGGAUAAUGAAAAAAUCAGAGGUAAGAUUACAUUAAAAAGUAAAUUUAAAGAAAUAUGAUCUAGAAAAUCAUGAUAUCUAACCUACAUUCAUGUUGGAUGAUAGUGAUUCUUAAACUAAAAGAUUAAUGAGAUGUAUAGAUUUUAAUCCACUUAAUUCAAUUUAAUAAGAAUAUCGAAAUUUUAUGCCUAAUGAUGAAGAUUUCAUUGUGAAAUUAAGUUUUUAAUAAAUUCAAUCAAAAGAAAAGAGAUAAAAUAAAUAAAAAUAAAAAGUAUUUUAUGCCAAAGCAUAAAGCAAUUAUAUUUAAGAUCCAAUUUGA